UCGCUUUCUCUCUCUCUCAGCUGCAAGCAAUUACAUCCAUCCAUCACAUCUGCAGUGGUUAUCAGCAGCAGCUUGGAGCCGCAAAAUCUCAGUGGAAGAUUUCAAGGAGGAGGAGGAGAAGAAGAGAAGAGAUCUCCAUUUUUCCAAAGUUGUCAAUGUGUUGAAAUCUUGUGAUUUUUCGGCUCUUGAUCUUUCGUAAUCGGGACAGGAGACGUAAAGAUGUUCGGAUUUUCUCGCCGUCGGAUGAAACUCGGAAGGCUGAAAGUUCAGCUUGCAGAUUCUACCCAGGGAACAAAGAGUCCAAUAAGACAUACCAAACGUCUCAGCCAUUCCAAUAUAGAAAAUGUGGUAUCAGCAAGUAGUUACUCAGAUGACCUCAAUUGCCAAUGCUCGUCAACUGGGUUUGAUCUCAACAACUGCACGUCUGGGAACUCUCAGAACUGGAUGCCGUUGUCAACUGCAGGGGACAAGCCUACACCUCGCUUUAAUCAUGCAGCAACUGUAGUUGGGAGCAAAAUGGUGGUUGUUGGCGGUGAAUCUGGUCGUGAAUUGUUAGAAGAUGUUCAGGUGCUUAAUUUUGAUAAACUUACUUGGACUGCUACUGCUCCGAAGCUGUAUUUAUCACCAACUAGCCUGCCAUUGAAAAUACCUGCUUGUAAAGGUCAUAGUCUGGUCUCUUGGGGAAAAAAGGUACUCCUGAUUGGAGGAAAAACAGAUCCCGUGAGUGAGAGAGUUUCAGUAUGGGCAUUUGAUAUUGAAACAGAAUGCUGGUCACAUGUUGAAGCGAAGGGGGACAUUCCGGUUGCCCGCAGUGGCCAUACUGUGACAAGAGCAGGUUUUGUAUUGAUCCUCUUUGGAGGUGAAGAUUCCAAAGGGAGGAAGUUGAAUGAUCUUCAUAUGUUUGAUCUGAAAUCUUUGACGUGGCUUCCUCUGCAUUGCACAGGGACAGGGCCAUCUCCAAGAUCGAACCAUGUAGCUGCUCUUUAUGAUGAUAGAAUUCUUCUUAUUUUCGGCGGGGCAUCAAAGUCCAGGACUCUAAAUGACCUAUAUUCGCUUGACUUUGAAACAAUGGUAUGGUCAAGGACUAAGAUCAGAGGGUUUCAUCCAACACCUAGAGCUGGUUGCUGUGGAGUUCUAUGUGGAUCUAAAUGGUAUAUUGCAGGGGGUGGGAGUAGGAAAAAACGACCUGCAGACACUGUGGUUUUUGAUGUUCUAAAAGUUGAGUGGACUGUAGCUGUAACAUCAUCUCCUUCGUCUGUCACAACCAACAAAGGAUUUAGCCUAGUGCUCAUGCAGCAUAAAGAUCGGGCAUUUCUUGUUGCAUUUGGAGGAAGCAAGAAAGAGCCAUCAAAUCAGGUUGAAAUAUUGAUCAUGGUAAAGAAUGAGCACUCAAUGGGCCGGCAAUCUGCACCCGAUAAGGAUCAGCUGCUUUUUAAAAAUUGCUCAAGUACCAUAGAUCUUGCUUCUCAUCUUAAUAAUGGUGCUUCCCAAUGUCAAAUUGAAUCCGUUGCCAGACAAAAUCUGGCAUCUGCAGUGGAGACCCGCGGCCCUGGUAGAAAAUCUCUGUCAGAGACUUCUGUUGAUCCAAAUUCUGUAUGUGGUACUGUUUCUCUCAGAAAGCAGUUUCACCAAGAGGAAGAAUACAAUUCAGGUCUUAAAAUGCAGAAAACGAGUGAAGAUGACAAGUAUAAAGAGGUCGAUGAUUGCUCAAUAUCGAACAAUGCUUCCUCACAGGGAAUGGAGCAGAGAAGCAAACCGCUAGAUGCUGGAGUCCAGGUGGAUAUUGCUGGAGGUGUAGCCAAUGCAGAAGAGAGUCCAUUUAUAUUUGAUUCAGAAAACUCAAGGAUCCACCAGAAGCAAGCAAACAGCAACCUUCUAUCAGAAAACGAAGACAUGAUACUUCCAGAAACUGAUGGUAAAUCAGCCAACUUAGUGACUCCUUCAAACAUCUAUAAAUUGUAUGAAUCCAAAGUGGCCGCCUUGGUAAGAAAAAACGGGGUCCUAGAAGGACAGCUGGCAGCUGCAUUGGCGAGUCGAGAAACUGCAGAGAAGAAUUUAUCUUCUGCUAUUAAGAGUCGUCAGGACAUGGAGAGAAAGCUGGCUGAUGCAGUGAAAGAGGUGGAUCUCCUGAAAGAGAAGCUUGCAGCUGCUGAGAUUGCUCAAGAAGAGGCAAAUAGCCUAUCAAAUAUCGUGCACUCUGACAAUGUACGGCUAGAGCACGAUGUGGCAUUUCUCAAAGCAGUUUUGGAUGACACUCAGAAGGAGCUGCAUUCAACAAGAGGAGUGCUUGCAGCAGAAAGAGCAAGAGCUUUUCAGCUCCAGGUGGAAGUCUUCCAUCUCAAGCAAAGAUUACAGCCUGUGGAGAACAGGGCGCCGACUCCCAGGAAACCUUUCCACAUGUAGCCCAGAGCACUUCUCAGCACCCAGAUUGCCUAUCAACAUGUGGGAUCGACUUUUUGUUAGGGGCAUCCACAUCAUGUGCUGAGUUGGAAUGGGGUCCACUUGGAUGCAUCAGCUGCCAUUGAAGCACUGAUCAACUGAAAAUAUCAGUUUUCUUUUGUUCCUAGAUGUAUGUUUCUGUAUAUAUAUUAUAUUCACGGUAUGCAUCUCAGGUGGUAUUCCCGGGUGUAACAAAAUAUAUUUCAAUCACCUAAAUUAUGAUAGAAUCUCCUUGCCAGAACCUGCCAUUUGCAAUUGUUUAGCAGUGUCAUGGGACUCAUGACAAUUAUACAAUAUAUAUUUGUGUAUCUUAGGCAAUGGAAAUUUCACGUGAGCACCCA